AUGCAACCAUCCUUCAUAUUUAUAUUCCUAGUUUCAUUCACGGGACUAAUAUUAUCAAAUCCAAUAAUAAUAGUCGAUAAUAAAAAAUCAGUUUCACCCUUACACGCCAAACAAAGAAGCCAAGAAAAGCAACACACACAACUAAAAAAGAAGCCGAAACAAAAACGGAAGACUAAAAAGCCAGAUAUAGUAUAUUUUGAACUAGUAGAUGGACAAUUUCUAGAGAAGAGAAAAGGUGGAGGUAGUCGUGGUGGUGGAUUCAGUUCCUCCUCCUCUUCUAGCAGCAGUGGCAAGUCUGGUUCCUCUUCCAGUGGAAGUUCUUCUACUGGUCUGAAAACCGGUAAUUCGGGAGUCAUAACGUCAAGCACAUGGAGAUGUGGAACUGUAAAUGGAAGACAAACAUGUGGAUAUGGUAAUUAUUAUGCCCCAAGUGCUGCAGCUGCAGCCGCUGGUUAUGGGACUGCUAGAUAUCAUGGAAUAAGAAAUGGGACUAGUACGAAUGAUGAAGAAUCAUCGUCCUCGUUAGCAAGUGGCAUUGUUUCUACUGCUACUCAACAGGCUAGUUCUUCGAGUUCCUCGGUGAUUAGUUCGGUUAGUUCAAAAGCUGGUGGUGUGGGGAUUUUUAUUCCCUCUUAUGGAAGCUUGAUUGUAAUGUCGGCUUUGGCAAUUAUAUAG